UCAAAACGACAUACCGCUUUAGGGUUUAGCAGAAUUUUCACUAUCACUCAGCUUCUUCUUCUUCUUCUUCUUCUUCUUCACUCGUCAAUCUGGUGAAGUUGAAAAUGGAGGAGCACGAGAAUGGCGCAAACGCAAUCGACGAUGAACCGUUGCCAGGUCCCGCUCCGGCACCACGCGCUCGACCCAAGCGACCGCUCCAGUUCGAGCACGCGUACCUCGACGCUUUACCCUCCGCUAACAUGUACGAGAAGAGUUAUAUGCAUCGUGAUGUGGUCACUCAUGUCGCUGUUUCCGAUGCUGAUUUUUUCAUUACUGGAAGUGCCGAUGGGCAUUUGAAGUUUUGGAAGAAAAGACCUCUUGGUAUUGAGUUUGCCAAACACUUCAGAUCUCAUCUUGGUCCAAUUGAAGAUCUAGCUGUUAGCCUUGAUGGUCUGCUGUGCUGUACAAUAUCAAAUGACCGUUCUGUGAAAGUAUAUGACGUUGUCAACUUUGACAUGAUGGUCAUGAUUCGCUUGCCAUAUGUCCCUGGUGCUGUUACCUGGGUUUACAAUCAAGGGGAUGUCAAAGCUAGACUUGCUAUUAGUGACAAGAACUCGUCUUCCGUGCAAAUAUAUGAUGCACGAGCUGGUUCAAAUGAUCCUAUCAUCUCCAAAGAGAUACACAUGUGUCCUAUUAAAGUUAUGAAGUACAAUCCUGUAUAUGAUACUGUAAUUUCAGCUGAUACAAAAGGGAUCAUCGAAUACUGGAGUCCUACUACACUUCAAUUCCCAGAGGAUGAGGUCAAUUUCAAACUGAAAAGUGAUACUAACCUCUUUGAAAUCGUAAAAUGCAAGACUUCCGUUUCGACUAUUGAGGUCAGCCCAGAUGGCAAACAAUUUUCCAUUACAUCACCUGACCGUAGGAUACGCGUGUUUUGGUUUAGGACGGGUAAACUAAGGCGGGUUUAUGAUGAAUCCCUGGAGGUUGCUCAAGAUCUCCAAAGAAGUGAUGCUCCAUUAUACCGGUUGGAAGCCAUUGACUUUGGCCGGAGGAUGGCCGUUGAGAAGGAAUUAGAGAAGACCGAAAGUGCACCACAGCCGAAUGCAGUUUUUGAUGAAAGUUCUAAUUUUCUUAUAUAUGCAACCUUGCUUGGGAUUAAAAUUGUUAAUAUGCACACGAAUACAGUUGCUCGAAUCCUUGGAAAGGUGGAGAAUAACGAUAGGUUCUUAAAAAUAGCUUUAUACCAAGGUGAUCGAAGUAGCAAAAAGGUAAGAAAGAUUCCUACAGCAGCUGCAAAUGCCAAUGAGAGCAAGGAGCCUUUGACAGAUCCUACUCUCCUAUGUUGUGCUUUCAAAAAGCACAGGAUAUAUCUAUUCAGCCGAAGAGAACCGGAGGAGCCUGAAGAUGCAACUAAGGGGAGAGAUGUAUUCAAUGAAAAGCCUCCUGCUGAUGAACUUUUGGCAGUUUCAGAUAUUGGAAAGUCAGUUACAACAUCACUUCCUGAGAAUGUGAUUCUACGCACCACUAUGGGCGAUGUUCACAUGAAACUAUACCCAGAGGAAUGUCCAAAAACUGUGGAGAACUUCACAACUCACUGCCGAAAUGGCUAUUAUGAUAAUCUUAUCUUUCACAGGGUCAUCAGAGGUUUCAUGAUUCAAACAGGAGAUCCUUUGGGAGAUGGUACUGGUGGGCAAUCCAUUUGGGGGAGGGAAUUUGAGGAUGAAUUUCACAAAAGUCUAAGGCAUGAUAGGCCUUUCACAGUGUCAAUGGCGAAUGCAGGCCCGAAUACAAACGGUUCUCAGUUCUUUAUCACCACAGUGGCUACUCCGUGGUUGGACAACAAGCACACUGUAUUUGGUAGAGUUGUGAAGGGAAUGGAUGUUGUACUGGGUAUAGAAAAUGUGAAGGUCGACAAGUCAACACAGAAGCCAUAUCAUGAUGUUAAAAUUCUAAAUGUCACUGUACCAAAGUCUUGAAGGUCUUGGUUUAUCUGAUUGAUGCAGUCAGUCAUCUAUACUUACGAUAGGAUGCUGAAGAAGUCUUAACUGAAUUUGGUUCAUCCUCUAUCCUGUGAACAAGGGCUAUUGUUCUUCGCGUACAACCCUAAUUGGAGAUGGCUUACAACCCUAAUUGGAGAUGGCUUACGCUCUUCCGUUACAGUCCCCUCUUCCUUUAUCUGACUUGGUGGUUCAAACUCACUGAUGCUGUCACCUGCUUGGCUGAUGUAAUGUAAGCAUGCCAAAGGAUUGCUGUGUAGCAAUAUCACAUCCUGACCUAUAACUUUUCAAAUGAUAGGUCUCAGAAGUAUCUGUUGUAUGAUAUUCCUGCUUUAAACGUGGCUCCAAUUGUUUUGUUGAAAAGUUGGUUUCUAUAACCUUCGUUUAUUGUAUUUGAGCGGGCAACUUUUUCCACUCUUUACCCGCAACACCUUCAUGUACUUAUUUCCCCUUAGUACUACUCGUAACCUGAGGUUGGUAUUGACUAAAAAAACAACAGAAGUUUGUUGUUAAGUGCGGUUUUUAAUUCAUGAAGCACAUAUCAGAUGACUCAGACAGGGUUUUGGGGGAUGGAGCCACCCGUGAACUAUUGAGUAUCGAGUAGUUUUGUCGAAGGAAAGAUACCUAAAGAGGGAACAUCGUUCUUCAAA